GUAAUCAAAUCUGGAUCCCCUUCCUAGCUAGUCUUAUUGUUCCUCACCUUUCCUUGUCUUCGUUUGACAUUCAGACAAUAUCUUCGGGGACCAUGUCGGAUUAUGCUAAAGACGCAUGGCGAAAAUAUCUGAUACAGCUCCAAGCUCACCCUUUACGAACCAAGGCGAUCACUGCCGGGGUUUUGGCAGGUUGCAGUGAUGCCAUAGCUCAGAAGAUCUCUGGAGUUAAAAAGAUUCAGUUCCGUAGAUUGCUUCUCCUUAUGUUGUAUGGGUUAUGUUAUGGUGGGCCAUUUGCUCACUACUUCCACAAACUGAUGGAUGCUCUUUUCAAAGGCAAGAAGGACAAUACUACUGUAGCCAAAAAGGUUUUGUUGGAACAAGUUACAUCCUCUCCUUGGAACAACUUUCUUUUUAUGUCUUACUAUGGUUUAGUAGUUGAAGGGAGGCCAUGGAAGCUAGUGAAGCACAAAGUUGGGAAAGACUUCUCUACCAUACAGUUAACAGCCUGGAAGUUCUGGCCUAUUGUGGGAUGGAUUAAUCAUCAGUAUGUCCCUCUGCAAUUCCGCGUCUUGUUCGGCAGUUUCAUCGCCUCUUGCUGGAGCAUUUUCUUGAACCUGAAAGCGCGAUCCGCAGUGAUCAAGAACGCAUAGACAACUUCAUCUGGAGGAAUACAAGCCUGAAUCUCCUUUUCCCGAAGUGCACAAGCUCAAAGAAGUGUAUCUUAUGUAAUGUUACACCGAGACAUGUAUUACAUAAUUCAAAUGCAAUACCAAAAAAAAGUCUAUAGUCCCUUGUAGACUAGUAUUAGCAGUGCCCUCUAAGUAAAGACUCUGGUUCCAAUUGGGAAAGUUUGGAGUCAAAGAGAGUAAAUACUAAAGCGAAAAAGAG